CUACUCACACUUCUUUUCUUCGUGCUGAUUGAGUGUGUUUUCUCUCGUUUAUUUACAGACCCAACCAAGAAGCCGAGCUCAGACAUCUACCCAAAGCCGAAACCCCCAUAUCCCCCGCAGCCCGCAAAUCCUGAUACCAGUGGAAAUAUCUACCCGAGACCAAAGCCACCGCCCCCUCGGCCACAGCCUGGCUACCCCGACGGUGGAGGUGGCGGUGGCUACAGCAAUGAUGGCUACGGAGGCUCCCACGCAGGUGGAGGGCGCAAUAGACCCAGCUCGAAUGGAUAUAAUUAUGGUGGAGGCGGCUACAACACGUAUGGCAACCCGCACGGCAACACGGUAGCGACAAUCGUGUCUCCCAUCGUAUCCGUCGUGGUGGUGACGCUGGUGGGGGCCGCGGUUGGCUAUUUCCAACGCAACAGGAGGAGAAAUUGCUUUAGAGGAAACGAACCAGAACACGUGUGAUCGGAAGGCGCUCGACGCCCGGCGGUCGCUCCGAGAAAAGACCUCACACCGGACAGCCACCCUCGUCCGUCGCUGCUGUGGGAACUCGAUCUCAUUCUUGGUGUUGGUCACCUUCCCCCCAAAAGUGUUUUCUCUCCCGUUGGACCUUGGCGGGCGGCCUCGCAAAGCACCCCCCACGCCCCCACUCAUUGGUCGGGCUGUGUGUCUGUAGAUAAAUUAAUCAGU